AUGCCUAUCCUCGCUUCAUUAGUGAGCUCAUGGCUUGGCGUACCGGUGGCUUCUGAUAACAAAACCACGCCUCAGCAGACCCAAGAAGCAACAACACUAUCUCGCCAGACCUCACCAAAAACUGGCUCUAUCAUCCCUGAAACACCAACUCCACAGACAGCAAGAGCACCGCCAUCAUCGACAAUAUCCGCACACCCGCAGUCAACAUGGGAGCGCUCAUUUAGACAAAUGGGCUUAUUACUGACUGGAGCAGGGUUUCUUGCUGCAUCCGUAGCCGUAUCACGACGCUCAGUGUUACGGAUGCGUAAGGACUCAUUCCCCAAAUUCUACUAUUCCAACCGGAAUCCCGUCACGGUCGACAUGGGGGAGCGAUCUUUUCUAGCCGCCCAGGCUCUUGGACUUGCCACGCUAAAUGUCAUGAGCUUUGGUGUCAUGCUGGUCGGAGGAAUUUCCUGGUCUUUUGAUCUCGCGUCUGUCGAGGAACUAAGGGAGCGGACUCAGGCGGCUGUCCGCAGGCCUGGAUCAGUGAAUCCCGAGGAUGAGAAGGCGAUGGAGGAACUUAUGGAGGACCUAAUGGGUAAGCUCGGGAUGGAAAACCCCCAGAAACCUUCAGAUACUCCAGAGGAAAACGAGAAGUAA